CGCACGCAAGACAUCAUCUCUGGACAAUGAAGAUGCAGAAUGUCUCCAGCGAUAACAGAUCUAAACAUUCCUCAGCUAUGAGCUCAUCGGAGCUGAUGGGAUGGACCUCCAUCACGUCUCAGAUUUAUCAGCUGCUGUAAAUGAUAUAAAAGCAAGAGAGACAACCUACAAAUACAUCAGUGAUAUACAGUCUAUCACACACUCAUCUACAUCAUGACCUUCACCAUCUUCUCCAUCACCUGCUUUGCUCUGGUGGCUUCUGCUCUGGGUUGUGGAGUGCCUGCGAUUAGGCCACAGACGAUCGGCAGCAGGAUUGUGAAUGGACAGAAUGCCAUCUCUGGUUCUUGGCCCUGGCAGGUCUCUCUUCAGCUGCCCAGUGGUUUCCACUUCUGUGGAGGAUCCCUGAUCAACCAGAACUGGGUUCUCACUGCUGCCCACUGUGCUGUCGUGGUCGGCUAUCACCGUGUCAUUCUUGGAGAACAUGAUCGUGGCUCCAGUGUUGAACUCCAGGUCAAAUUAGUCAUCACCCAUCCGCUCUACAGCAGCACGACUGUCAACAAUGACAUUGCUCUGCUGAAACUGUCGUCUCCAGUCACACUGACUCCCCGUAUCUCUCCUGUAUGUCUGGCUCCAUCAGCCUUCAGCAUCCUGCCUGGAACCCGCUGCUUCACCACUGGCUGGGGUAGAACUGCCACUACAACGAGCCCUCUGAUCCUACAGCAGACAGGUGUACCCAUCAUAAGUCCUGCUGUGUGCAGGCAGUUCUGGGGUCAGAACACUAUCACUGAUGCCAUGAUCUGUGCUGGAGCCUCUGGUUCCUCAUCUUGCCAGGGUGAUUCUGGUGGUCCUCUGGUGUGUGAGCGUUCAGGGGUCUGGUCUCUGGUGGGCGCUGUGUCUUGGGGAAGAAACACUUGUGACACCCGUUUCCCUGCAGUCUACGCCCGCAUCUCCCAACUGCGCUCCUGGAUCGACAGGACUAUCGCUUCCAACUAGAGCACCAUUCUGAGUAUUUAUCCUUCAGAGGAGGAAAAUGCAGUUUUAAGUCAUUAAUAUGUAAUACAGCUGAUCUCUGUUGGUGGUAUUUUUUCAGUCUGUCUGUGGUUCCAGUGAUCUGGCUGUUACUUCAUGUUACUGUUUUCUUGUUUCACCUGUACAAAUAUUUUAAUAAAAUAUAAAUAAAAAAAAUGGAGUGUACUGAAGAGUGAAAUUAAUGAUCUGAAUAAUUAAAAAUGUACUCAGAUAAGUUGCCAUUAUCAGCAUAGUAAUGCAGCAAAAUGAAAUAUAAAUUUAAUUUACCUUUAAAACUUUAAAGGAAUAUAUUAUUUUAAUUUGCAAUUGAAAAAUGUUUUCCACAUUCACAGUAACAAAUGACAGACAACAGUGACACAAGAAACAGUGCAGACAAAGCUACUAACUUUAAAGCAAAUCAAAAGUAUAUUCACAACAGGACAGUUCCUUUACCAGCAAAUACUACGUCAUCCACAAAAAAAUAAAAUAAAUGAAAAAUAAAAAAAAAAAUACAAAAAUUCCCUCUGAUCACACGAUCAUGUUGAAAACCUUCAUCCAUUUUUGUACACAAGCCAAGACGAUACAGAUCAAUCUCUGUCCUCCAUCCAUGGUGCUGAACCUGUGACGUGUUUCAUCAGAAGCCAAAAAACCUAAAGAGAAAAGUUACCAUUAGAUUAUGACAGACACUGACGUUUCAUUUACUUAUUCAGACAAUCGAUGAAAUUAAACUCAUAGUAGAAGACGUGUUUUCUUUUGAAGUACUGAAUAAUGCAUAUUGAUAUACAAAAUCUACAAAAGGGGGCGGAGUUGGAUUCUACUGUAGAGAUAACCUACAAUGUUCUAUUGUUCUAUCUAGGUCUGCCCCCAAAAUGUUUGAGAUCUUAAUUUUAAAAAUCCACUUUUCCAAAGAUAAGUCACUUACAGUAGCUGUUUGUUAUAGACCUCCUUCAGCUCCCAGUUGUGCUAUAGAUAUAUUAUGUGAAUUGAUUGCCCCAUAUUUAUCUUCUGAGUUCUUACUAUUAGGAGACUUAAAUUUGGACAUGUUAAACG